AUUGGCAACACUGGCACCUUUAUACUUCUUGUUAUAUGACAUAACCUCAAUGUAGUGUUUUGUUUAACAAAUUUGCACAAUUUGUUUUGUUAUCGGACAGAAACUUGUCUCUGGAUGUUAUUAUGGAGGAAAAAGUAAUAAAAUUAAUACACUUUCAAGGUAUUUGUUGUGUUUUGGGGUGUAAAAUUCAAAACAAAAGAAAGAGGUUCUCAUUAUUUCGCUUUCCCAAAGACACUAAAAGAGCUGAAUUAUGGAAAAGAGCAUGCAAUCUUGACAGAUUUGGGGAUUUGAAAGUAGAAGAUCUGUAUAAAACUGCACACAAAGUGUGUGAGGAGCAUUUCGAAGAAAAUAUGUUUUUAGAUAAAGAAAAGACUCGUCUACAGUGUGAUGCAGUUCCAACUAAAAAUUUUCCAAAUAAGUGUGUUAAUAUCCAAAAUAUUGAAGAUGAAAUAAAAAUAGAAGAAGUUCAGUUAGAAAGUUUUGAAGGGCCUGUUAGCCCUGAUGAUCCGCGUUUUUUAGUUGUUGAACCUCCAAAAACUUCAACAAAUUUAAGUGCUGUUAUACCAGAAGUUAAAGCCAAACUUGUAAACAAAGGGCAAAAACCAACAAUUUUAGGAAAACUUACACCAAUACAAUUUAUACCAAAUACAUCAAAAAUAAUUAAUUUAAUACCUAUAAUGGGAAAACCAAACUCAAAAGUUAUAAAUCUUAUGCCAAAUGUUGCAUUAUUAAAUAAUAUUACACCAGUUCAAGUUAAUAAACAAAAAAAUGUUAUGAAUUUUAUCCCAGCCAAAAAUACAGUCAACGUAGCAAGUACAUCAAACAAUAUUAUUAGGCUUGUUGAAGUAAAUAAACCCAGUACAUCCAAUGCAAAUAUUAUUACUCCAUUGGAAGCCAAUAAACCAAGCUCAUCAAAAGCAACCAAUCCUGUACCAGUUAAAAUAAAACCCAAUCUUAAAAGAUCUUCAGACAUUUUAAGAAGUACACUUGAAUCUCACAAUAAAAAAUUCAAAGCUGCUAGUAAUGAUGAUAAAGUGGAAGAUUUUUUAACAACUCUAAAAACUGGAAUAGAUGGAAAUAUUCCUGCAAAAGUUGAUAAUAAUAUUAAAGCAUUCCAACCAUGUGCAGUUCAGGGCUGUUGUGAUCAAUCCAGCCCAAGAUAUGGCUUUCCCAUUGAUAGACCUGAUAGAUUACUUAUGUGGAAGGUUUUGACUGGCAAUUUUGAAUUAAAGGAUAUGUCGUUUAAUACGCACAAAAUAUGUGAAAAACAUUUUGAAAAAGAUAAGAUAAUAAACGGAAUGCUUGUUGAAGAUGCUAAGCCCACAUUAAAUAUGCCAGUUUUAGAUUCCCAAUUUAAUUUCUACGUUUUUGGAGUGGUGGACAAAGAUUGUCACUACAUGCUGUGUCCAAACAAAAAACGCCCGGGCUUGUUUUACUUUCCUUACGCGGCAAAUAGAAUUUUUCAGUGGAGGGUUGCAACAGGCAGGGUGAAAAAUGACGAGAAAACGAAUUUUUCUCAAUGCUUCAUUUGCUCUGACCACUUUCCGCCCGAUUGUUUCUACAAGGACUGCAAAGCCCUGCUAAAAAAAACUGCCACACCAAAGAUAUUCAAGGAGCAUUGGAAAACAACGACCAUGGAAAAUAAUAAAACUAGCCAAAAAAAUGAAGAAGAUGAAACUGAGGGUGAAGAAGGAGAAAGUUGUUCUGUUAUUAAUUGUCCAAUAAAAGGCUCCAAAACGCGAUUUAAAUUUCCGAAGAAUAGAGAAAUUUGGGAAAUUUGGGUAAAGAACGUCCUAAAUUAUCUAUUUGUAACCGAUUAUAGCCAAACAUUAAAACUCAGGGUGUGUGCUUAUCAUUUUGAUUACAAAAUGUUUACAAAUGUCAAUAGAAAAACUAUAAGAAAGGAUGCUUUUCCCAGUGUUAACCUAAUGAAAAAUUCCAUCGUUAAAAUUGUUGAGUAUGAUUUAUAUUCAAUUAAAAACAUGGUUUGCAUCUACAAAAACUGCAAGUCCAAUAAUACUAAAGGUGUAUAUUUUUUUAUGUUUCCCUAUUCUAUGGAAAGGUGGAAAAGUUGGUGUAAGAAGUCUGGUCAAAGCAGCAUUUUUUCACAAAAUCGUCGCAAAUUUCACUUCAACUAUAUGAUUUGCCAUAAACAUUUUGUGGAUGAUGAUUUUUAUAGUAUAUCUAGAAAGUUGUUGAGCAGAAAGGCUGUGCCCAUCCCAUAUAACAUAUCACACACAAUAGGGCAAACAAAGUCAACAUUCAAAAACCACCCAGAUGUAAAAAUAGUUGGCCCCAUCAAAACUAUUGAAAUUAUCGACAGCGAUGAGGAAGCCGAAAGAAGUCGGCCAAUAGUUUUGGAGGUUCACGAGGAAAACGUCGAGCCAGUUGAAGAACCUUAUUGCGUUAUAAGCAGCAAAAGUAUCUCAUUUCCACACCGGGGUAAAUCUUACAAAUACAACCGUGAAUUUCGUAAUGGCGACAAAGAACCGAUAACCUACUACCCGUAUUUGAAAAGAUAUUUACCGGUUCAAUAUAAAAGAGCAGAUUGGAAGGCAAAGUGUAAAUACCACACAGCAAUCGUUAUAGAUGACGAUGAUGAAUUCGAAAGAAAAAUAUUGGGAACCAUGGUGCUUCAGUUGGCCAAGCAGUACAAGAGAAACCAAGUAAAAAAUAACCAGCGAUUGGGCAGAGAAUAUACAAGAAAAAUGCAAACCAUAGCUAGACUUUCACGAUUAUCAGGUAGUACCAUACCUUCUUCCGGUGCUACAACGGAAUGCAUGCCUGUGCCUUCUCUAGUUUCAAUUAGUAAUAUCACUUCUGAGAAAGAAACAAACUAUACCAUCGCCAAACCUACUCAGCUAUCUAGUACAACCACUUCUUCUUUACAAGCUACCAGGCAUAUGCCUUCCUUAAUGUCAAUUAGUACCAAUUCCAAUGCAAACCUUUCUUCUAAUGGUACAAAUAAUACCAUACCUAAGCCUCCCCAAUUACCUAGUAGUACCAAUUCCAGUGGUGAGAACAAUACGAACACUUUGCCAAGUUUACCAGUGAUUGAUCUCUAGUACCGCCAGAGGGCGAAUAAUGUUUCUUUUUAUGUAUACACUGCGCGUCAAAGCUAACGCAUAAUAAAUACUUUUAAAGCCCCUUUAUUUAAAAUAAAAAACUUCCGAAAAAAACUUAUAGGGAAAUUUUUUUUGAAGUAAAUAAAAAAUAUGGUGUAAAGAACCGUAUUUUUGUUAGUAUACCCUGAAAAUGUACAAAUUAAACGAACAGUACUGACGAAUUUGAAGCGCUUCAAAUUCGACAAAAAUGACCACUUUUUAGCAAAAUAAUCAAAAAGGGUUCAUUUUUGCCGACUUUGAAGCGCUGCAUCUUCGUUACUGUUCGUUUAAUUUGUACAAAAUUUUUAGGGUAUACUAACAAAAAUACGGUCUUUAACAGCAUAUUUUUUAUUUAUUAAAAAAAUUUCCUUAAAGUUAUUUUUGAACGUUUUAUUUUUAUUAUUAAGGCUUUAAAAAUAUUUUCUUGAAAAAUCCUCAAACACGUAAACUGAGAUAUAAUUUGAAGUAUUUUUAUACAAAAUUUCAUAAAGAUUGGUAAAGGCAUUUUAGUUAGAAUUUUUUAACUUAUUAUGUGUUAAUUUUGACGCGCAGUGCAGUUCAUUUGUAUGAUUUUGUAUAAUUAUUAUUAAGUCCAAAAUAAACUGGAAAUACUUUAUAAAACGUUUUAUUUCUUGUUCAGGUAACAAAUUAAAUUACACAACAAAAUAUGAGGAAUAUUUACAGAGAGGUAAUAAAAAUUCUGCAAUUAAUUCAAUCACAAUAAUUAUAACAUACAUAAAUUAAAAUUUAAAGCUUAUUUUACAAAUUUUCACCUAUAUAAUAUAUAAGUUAAUUUUUCCUCUUCUUUUUGUCUUUUUCUGGUAACACUCCCAUUUGUUUUUGGUAUUCUUGGAUUAACUUGUCUUGUACUUCCGGCAAACAUGGGAUAUACCGGCUGUAUUCCAUAGUGAAUUCACCUUAAAAUAAAAAUAACGUUAAAACUGAGCUUAAUAUAUAUAUUUUCUUGCAUACCUUUUCCUUGCGUGCUGGACCUUAACUCGCCAGCAUACCCGAACAUUUCAUUAAGGGGCACUUCGGCGUACACGGUAAACCAACCUUCAGUACCUUCACUGCCGGUUACGAUGCCGUGCCUUUUGUUUAGUUGGGCAAUAACUGAUCCCUGAAACUCAUCUGGUGCGGUCACCUCCACCGACAUUAUGGGUUCCAAAAUUUGCCACACACCUUUCUCAAAAACUAC